AUGGCAGCAGUGAAAUUUGAGCAGGAGAGAAAACUGAAGCGCCGCAUGAGCAAGAUGAAAAUGAAGCAAAGACGAUCCGAGGAAAAACGUGAGAAGGUGGAGGCGAAAACAGAAGCAAAGAAAGAGAAGGUCGAAGCGAAAGACAAACCAGUUUCUUUUUCGAAGUUUGACUUUCUGAUUAAGGCAGAUGGCAAGAAGAAGAGGCUUUCUACGUCGGAGAAGAAGCAAAAGUUCACGGGGAAGGACUAUAAGUCACUCAUAAAUAAGGUUGAGAAGCGGGAAGAGAAGCUAGAAAAGCUACGUGAAAAAGAGCCGGAGCGCGCUGUUGAGGUCGAAGAGGAUAUCAAAUGGAAUCGAGCUGUAAAGAAAGCGCAAGGAGUCAAAGUCAAAGACAACAUAGACUUACUGAAGAAAGGCCUGAAGCGUAAAGAAAAAAUGAAAGAAAAGAGGAAGGAACAGUGGUCAAAUAGAGAAAAGAACGUGGAAAGGGAGAAAGCAAAGAAACAAGAGAAACGUAGAGAGAACCUGCAAAAGCGAAUAGACGAUAAGAAGAAGAAUAAAUUGAAAGUGAUGAGAAAGAAAGGACGUAUUUUGUAG